UGAGUGAUACGUUUAUUUUCGAAACGCUUUCCCCGCGAACCACUUCCAAACCACUACAAAGUAACCUUUCAUAUUUUCCCCUCAUUAUUGUUAUUACAACACCAAAAAUGAGUCUAGACACUCUUUUUGAGCAAAUUUUAUUGACAGAGCACCAGGUGUCCGAAAGUAUCAAGCAGCUUCAUGAAGUUAAAGCUGCCAUCAAGAGUGUACAGGACAAAAUAAAUACCUCACGUGAAAAGCUGGAGGAAGCACAUCGUGAACUGGAUGAGAAGGUUCAGCUUCUGGCUGAAACCAAACUGCAGCUUGUUUUGAUGACGAAGCGACAAGAUCAACUGGAAAGGCAGAAAGAGGAACUCCUGGGACUGCAGAGAGAUCUCAAAGAAAACCUGGACAGACUGAAAAGAGAAUCCCGUGAAGAAAGAGAGAACUUCUUGAAGGACAUAAUAACUUUCAACAACGAAUUCAACCUAAUCAGCAACAGAAAUGAUGCUUUUCACACCCAAACCCUAUCUAAAAUUCAGACUUUGGAGCUGGAAACUGAAGCUCUACACAAAGAGAUGGACUUGCUGAAGCAAAAGAACACUUUGCUGAGCUCCAUGGAGGCAGAGAAGAAAUCACUGGAAGCUGAGCUUCAGGAUAUACAAUCACAACUUACAGAUAUAGAGAGAGAUCUGAAGGAAGCAGUGGCUCUGACUGAGAGUCUGCAGACAGAGGAGCUCAUGGUCCGACAAAAACCCUUGACAGACAGCACCUGUAUCAGACUCAAGAAAGAGCUGGAGUUUUAUAAAGAAGAAGAGCUUGAGCUUCUGCGAGAGACCCUCAGCUCUGAGAUUCACUCUCUGCGACUGGUAACUAUGUGCUUUUUGAACACAAUGAAAGAAAAAAUGGUCUUUCUCAUUGACACUACUUACACCCAAAGCUAAGGCACUACUCAGAAAAAUGGAUGACAAUUACUAUUGAGCUUUCUAGGCACAUGCUAAUAGAAAAUGUGUUUGGAAUGUGUUGUUUCUUUGCAGAAAUUGUCACAGAAGGGCAUUUUGUGUUGAGAAUGGUUCAGUGAAACGUCGGCGUGUGCUUCAAAAACGCUUUGUGUUUGUAGGCUUAUAUUACUGCAGCUUAUAUUUUGCCUUUAAAUAGCUUAUUUUUGUUGGUCGCAGACUUAAUAUACAGUAUAACCAAUAUUGUAACAACUAUUUUUUAGAUCUUGUACUGUUAGAGAAGUUAUUGAACUAAACUAAAUCUUUCUAGAGUAAGAGUAGAAAAGUUUUUGUUUUUAGAUGCCUGUCUUCAUUUCACGAAAGGCACUGAUUCUGUGUUAUACGUUCACAUGUGGUACCAGUUUUAUCUAAAAUGUUGACAACACUGUAAGUGGAAGUUAUGAGGGACUCAGCAACCCAGACUUUACUACAAGGUUUUAAUGAUUUAUUUUGCUCUGAAUAAGCCACUUUGAUUUAAUUCAAGAUUUUAUUUAACUUAACCAGACCUCCUAGUUGAUGUCCCAUCAUAUUUAGUGAGUUUAUUCACAUUUAUUAUUUUGGGAUGCA